AUGACAACAUAUGAAAAGAUCGUCAAGGGUGCUACAAAAGUGAAGGUAGCAGCCCCUAAGCCGAAGUAUAUCGAGCCGAUAUUGAUGGCUACGUCUUUGGAUCAUUCUGUUGUAUCCAAAGAAAAUUUUUUGACUAUUAUGAGAACUUUACAAUCAAGAUUACAAGAUAGUUCAUGGUCAGUGGUUUACAAGUCUUUAAUUGUUAUCCAUUUGAUGAUCAGAGAAGGUGAUCGAGAUGUGACCUUGGACUACUUGGUAAACAGAGCUCCACCACAAAUGUUGAAUUUAAGUCAUAAUAAUGUCAUCAAGAAUAGUAAUAGUUUCAACAAUGAUAUUAAGUUUAUUAACAAGUAUUCGAAAUAUUUGCAAACUAGAGUCAAACAAUAUGACGCCACUGGUGUCGACUAUGUUAGAGAUGAAAGAUCCAACAACAGCACCACGCAACUGGGAGGGAGAUUGAGAAGUUUAUCUGUUGACAAAGGUUUGUUACGAGAAGUUGAAAGUGUUCAAAAACAAAUUGACUCCUUAUUGAAGAACAACUUUAUGGAGAAUGAAAUUAAUAAUGAUAUCGUUUUAACUGCAUUCAGGUUGUUGGUUAAUGAUUUAUUGGCCCUUUUCCAAGAGUUGAAUGAAGGGGUGAUAAAUAUUUUAGAGCAUUAUUUUGAAAUGUCAAAAGUUGAUGCUGAAAGAUCCUUGAAAAUUUACAAGAAGUUUGUUGACCAGACCAAGUUUGUCAUUGAUUACUUGCGAGUAGCCAAACAUUUGGAAUAUGCUACUAAAUUACAUGUCCCUACAAUCAAGCAUGCUCCAACUGCAUUGACUAGUUCUUUAGAAGAAUACUUGGAUGAUCCAAACUUUGAGAUGAACCGAAAACAAUAUUUGUUAGAGAAAGGAAACAAGGACAUCAAACAAACCAAACAACCAGUAUUUAAUCAAGCUGAAGGUACCGAAAAAUCCCCACAGGAAAAUAAUAAUUCUAAUUUGAAUAGACACAGUUCAUUGGUAGUACAACAGACAUAUAACCCAUGGAGCGGAAUGGUCAUACCGGUAGUUGGUGUAGUUGACCCAAUGCAAGAACAGCAAGCAUUACAGGCACAACAGCAACAAGCUCAGUUACAAGCACAACAGCAACAAGCUCAGUUACAAGCACAACAGCAACAAGCUCAGUUACAAGCACAACAGCAACAAGCACAGUUACAAGCACAACAGCAACAAGCUCAGUUACAAGCACAACAGCAACAAGCACAAUUGCAAGCACAACAGCAACAAGCACAAUUGCAAGCACAACAACAAGCACAAUUGCAAGCACAAAACACUGGAUAUAGUCGACUUCAAUCUAUUCCUCAGGGUCAACAAUUACAAUCACCAAUGCAAUCAACAUUUACUGGGGUUGGAUUUGGUGGUUAUGGUCCUCAGCAACAACAAGCUCAAUUACAACCUCAGCACACGAACCCAUUUAUCCAACAAGCAGCACCUGUGUUGCAACCACCGCAACAACAACAAACUACAGGAUUGCAAAGAAACAAUACCAAUCCUUUCGCAAACGUAGCGGGACAACAAUUUACUCAACCAAUGCAACAACAAUUUACCCAACAAACUCAACCUCAAUUGCAACCACAAUCAACCAAUCCAUUUGCCAACACCAGGUUUGCAGCCAAUAGUCACACUUCUGCAUUUACAUUUGAUAACGGAGCCUCACAACAACAACAACAAAUCCAAGCCAAUUCAACAGGUAGUAAUCCUUUUAAAGUAAGUCAAACUACACUGAAAUUAUUUGAGGAUUAUUCCAAGAACCAACAGGGCCAACAAGUGUUGAAGCCACAACCAACUGCGGGUGGGUUGGAACAGAUUCCAACUAUACCAGUAUUCCCUGAAACUCAACAAGAAGCUCAAAGGCAAUUCUAUUUCCAGAAUGCACAAACUGGAUUAUACGCGCAAGCGUUUCACCAGCAGCAACCACAGCAGCAACAACCUCAACAACAACAAUUCGUACAGCCACAAUACACAAACUAUGAUGGCCCAAGCUUAAUUUAA